UCCUGCAACUUGAACCUUUUCCCUGUAAGAUCUCUACCGGCAGCAUAGGACAUGGCAACAGUCAACAAGUAGCACUUUAUUUUCCUGAACUGAAUGUCGGCUUAGUAUAAGAAGUAUAAGUGCAGUAUGAUAACGGAUGUGUGUAGAACUAAAAGAAAAGCCAAUCUGAGGUUUAUACCCGCACUGGAUUAAAUCUGAGCUGGAAAUGUAAAUGGUUCAACCUUAGAUCUGGACGCAGGGAAACUUCUACACCACCAACUUCUACACCAUCCUCUUAAAAACAUCUACAAACUUCUUUUCUUUGCUGAAUUAACGGCGCCGCUUGGAAACAUUUUGCGUCCAGUGCGCAGUUUGGAAACCAAACCUUGCCCUGGGAUCUAAACCUAUGCACAGAGAUGAUUUGUAAACCUUUUUCCACGCAUGCAGUUGUUUUUUCUGUCCUUGUGUUUGUGUUGAAGGCAGUCGGAGUUUCAGCGCAAGAGGACGAGGAGUUCAAAGCCGAGACAUGGCUGAGGACCUACGGCUACCUGUCCCAGGCCAGCAGGCAGAUGUCCACCAUGCAGUCGGCACAGAUUCUGUCCACUGCCAUAAAGGACAUGCAACGCUUCUACGGCCUGGAUGUCACUGGCCAAGUGGACGCCACCACUCUGAAAUCUAUGAAGCGUCCACGAUGCGGUCUACCUGAUCGCUUCGAGGUGUUGAGGGAGGAAAGUGUUAGGAGGAAACGCUUUGCUCUGACGGGUCAACGGUGGGAUAAAGAUGAUCUGACUUACAGCAUUCAGAACCACCCACCCGGCGUCAGCCAGCAUCAGACCCACGAGGCAAUCCGCAAGGCAUUCAGAGUCUGGGAGAAAGAGACUCCGCUACGCUUCAAGCAGAUUCCUUACCAUGACAUCAAAAAUGGCAGCGAGGGGCCAGAUAUUAUUCUGCUGUUUGCUUCUGGAUAUCAUGGAGACACGUCUCUCUUUGACGGUGAAGGAGGGUCUCUGGCUCAUGCGUUCUUUCCAGGUCCAGGCAUCGGAGGAGACACGCACUUUGACAUGGAUGAACCGUGGACGCUAAACCAGCGGGAAGGAAACGGCAUCGAUCUGUUCCUGGUUGCGGUUCACGAGCUGGGUCACGCGCUGGGACUCGAGCACUCCAGCGACGUCUCGGCCAUCAUGGCUCCGUUCUACCAGUGGAUGGACACAGAGAGCUUCUCGCUAGGGGAGGACGACAUCAGAGGCAUUCAGCAGAUCUACGGACCCCAUGUGGAUGCACCGACAGAGUCUUUGAGCACCACCAUGACCCCGUCAUACACCACUACCACCACCACCACCACUACAACCACUACAACCACAGCCCAACCGGAACCUACGUCCACCACUACAGAGCCUUUAAAGACCAACAGACCUCCAGAAAGACCCACCAAACGUCCCGAGAGACCCACCAGACCUCCCGAGAGAACCACCAAGCUGUGGGUUCCUCCGGCUGACCCUACACCCACUCGCCGCUCGGACCAAGAUGCCCCUGAUAUCUGCGACGGCGACUUUAACACGAUUACGGUGCUCAGGGGGGAGAUGUUUGUCUUCAAGGGUCGGUGGUUCUGGAGGGUCAGGAGGAACCGAGUUCUCGAUAAUUACCCCAUGCCCAUUUCUUUCUUUUGGGUCGGUCUGCCAGAAGACAUAGAUGCUGCAUACGAACGCCAUGAUGGAAAAUUCGUGUUCUUCAAAGGCAGUAAAUACUGGUUGUUCAGGGAAGCCGACGUGUUGCCCGGAUAUCCUCAGGAACUGAUGCACUACGGUCACGGGAUGCCAGAUCGAGUUGACACGGCAGUGUGGUGGGAGCCAUCUGGAUUCACUUACUUCUUCAGAGGAGACAGAUACUGGCGUUUCAGCGAGGAGUCUCGGGCUGUGGAUAAACCCACACGACCCAUCAGCGUAUGGGGCUCCAUUCCUGCCUCUCCUAAAGGGGCCUUCCUUAGUGAUGACGGAGCGCACACAUACUUCUACAAAGGGACCAAAUACUGGCGAGUCGACAACAAGCGCAUGAAGGUCGAUACGGGGUACCCGAGAUCCAUCCUAAAUGAUUUCAUGGGUUGCCAUGUUCACUUCGAUCCCGGCUUGGAUACCGAUAUUAAACCAGACCCUAAAUGGCCGGAGACAGGUGGAAAGGACCAAGACGACAACAUCGACGACUACAAAGACAACGACGUCAACGAUGACGAUAGUGACAAUGACGAUGAUAAAAAGGUGGUGGUGCAGGUGAAAGAGACUAACGACUACGUCAUGACCCUCAUCCUGGUGACGGUGCCUCUGGUCCUGGUGCUGUGCAUUCUGGCAGCGAUUUACUUCAUCAUCACCACGCUGCAGAAAAAGGAGACACCUAAAGUGCUGGUUCACUGUAGACGUUCACUGCAGCAGUGGGUGUGAUGCAUACGAGUGCACACAAGAACACUUUCUCUCUCACACACAGACAUACACACAUACACUCGCUGUUUGGUGUCCUCUCUCUGCACAUGUGCUGCGAUCGAAUACGUUUAGGAGAAGAAUUCACACGAACAGUCCAUUUUGCUAUUAUUCAUGAAUUUGGAAGUUAAAAAGAUCAGAGUUUGAGGGAAAUGUUGAUAUUCCCGAUGGUGUUCUGUUGCUUCUACAGUACAUACACACGAUCUUUACAACGGCUACGUAGUCCUUAGCAUACAUAUUUUCUGAUUUUAUGAAUAAUUUUCCAAUGGAAUAUUUACCCGAGUAUACUAUUGUGUCCAAGCAGCUGUAACAAUGUUGCUAGGUAACAGAGUAAUUAUAGAUGCCUGCCAUGGAAGCAAGCUAAUGAUUGAAAACAGUUUAGCUUGCUAACACAAAUAAUAGAAAGGCAUGCUAACAGAGGAAAUGUGACACAAAUGCCGGGAAUAUAAACAUUUACCUCGGAUGUCUUGGUUGGUUAACGAUGAAGAGACCCAAAGAUAAAAAAAAUUAAACUGUAAUAACGAUUAACAUUAGCUGCCAUUAUAGACAGUAUUGAGGGUCAACACUAUUAGACACAUAAAAGUACCUAAAAUCCACAGAGAAACAUUUCUGAUACUGGAAACAAGAUUCGGUUGUUAGGAAAUUGUAGGGAACAUAAACAUUUUCCUCAGAUAUGUUGGUAAAAUACUAAGAAAAGAUUCCAUGGCUUUAAAAAAAACUGUAAAACUUAGCAUCAGUGGAUAUGAGGUAAUAUCGAUGCUUAGUGAAAGUGGAAAUGAGACGCAGUUGUAAUACAAUAUAAACACCUCAGAUGUGUUACGAAACUAAUUCCCCACAGAGUAAAAUGAGACUGUAAUUACGAUUAGCAUCAGCUGAUAUUACGGACAAUACGACGGUCAACAUAAUCACUGAGAAUCUAUUAGGAAUAUAAAUAUUGUCCUCAGAUUUGUUGAGAAAUUACUGAGGAAAAAAACUCCAUGGAUUUAUAUUAGACUUUAGUAGCACUUAGCAUUAGCUGCUGUCAGAUAAUAUAAAGGCGUAUGAAGAGUGGAAACAGGAUAUAAGCACCCAGAAACCUUCCUGAUACUGGAAACAAGACACACAUUUCAGAAAUCUAAACAUUUUUCUCAGAUGUGUUGAGACAUUAUUCCACAGAUUAAAGUUACACUUUAAUAACUCUUGUCAUCUGCCUUAAAAAGGAAAAGAGACAAAAAUGUCAGUGUUGCAUCUUUAAAUGUUGGCGUAGGAGUACGAGAGGGACGGAAGGGUCUUGCUCAGGGGUCCAGCAGCAGGUGGAUCCGAUAAGGUAUAGUGUAGAUCUCACAACCCUCUGAUUAGUGAGCCAACACCUUAAAUACUAGGCUACAUCAUCCCUACAGGGAUGAGCUAAUGAGCUAAACAUCAUCAAAUCUCUAUGUGAGUGUAUUAUGUAUGUCAUUUGACGUGACAUGCUACAGUACACUGUCCGCACUGUCUCCGGUCCAGUGUAGCAUCAGCUACAGGUAGUCGUCCUUGGAUUAAACAAAGGAACAAACAGGGGCAGAACAGCGUAACAUAAAAGAGAAAACAUGUAGCUGGGCACAGAGAUUAACACCAGAAAUCAAUUAAUUGAUUGGCGCUAUCCAAACAUCGCAACCGUACGCCAUUCUUCUGCUAUAGGGUCUCCAGGGGGUCUUUAGAUCCCACUCUCCAGAAGGGAUUGGUUGUGGCUGUCGAUCUCCCGCAGACUGACAACUCAAAUGACCACUAGGGAGAAACAAACCAAUACCACACCAAUACCCCAACCCUUUUUUUACAGCAAUGCCCAGGCAUGUAACAGACAGGAAAAUAAACAUUUUCCUCAGAUGUGUUGGUCGAUUCCCCAAAAAUGACACCACAGAUUACAAAUAAAAACUGUGAUAACUCUUAACAUCAGCAGCUAAAACAGACAAUAUAAAGACAAAGUGAGAGUGGAAACAAAUCAUCCAUUUGCCCAGAACCUGUCGUUACAGAGGAAACAAAACACAAAUAUUAGGAAUAGGAAAUUGUACCGAAUAUAAACAUUUUUCUCAGAUGUGCUGGAAAAACAAAUUACAAAGAAAAACGCUCUGAAGAUUAAAUAAAAUCCUAAUAACAUUUAGCAUUAGCUGCUCAUUUAACUUCCCUGGGUUCUGCUCUAUUAGGAAACCUCAACAAGUCAGAGCUCUUGUAAAUUAUGAUUCACACACUCGUUACUAACAAAACAAAAAAAAGAAGUGCUGUUUAAGUGGAAUCUUCUCGUAAACAUGUUGAACACAUGACCGUAUAGGGAUGUAGUAAACUAGUUUCUCCACAGCGAGACACUUUUUUUUUUUCUUCUUUUUUUUUUGCCUUUACACGACUGUGGUGCUUUGCCGAUUUAACACUCUGUUCUGAGCAGAGAAUUUGCACUUUCUUGUCAUUUUAAAUGAUUAUAUCAUUUGUUCUGUGGUGGCUUUACAUCGUGGUUCUUUUGUGUUCUGUGUGUGUGUGUGUGUGUAUGUGUGUGUAUGUGUGUAAGUGCGCAUAAAGCAUAAUGCAGUUUCUCUCCUUCCCUCCUUUAACGAGCCUAAACAACUUUAUGACUCUCAACAGCGUUCGAGAGUGAUAGUCAGCAAAAUUCUCUCGCUUCCUUCGGCGAAGCGGCCUUGAUUAAGUUAAGGAGUGCGUAAAAGGAGUUAAAGGAGGUUGGUUUUAUAAAUUGCAAUGCACAUACUUGCAACGUUUACUGUCUGUGCUGACGGGGCCGAGCCUGGCUUGUGUUACACACAUGGUGCUGAUUAAGGGAUUUUUGAGCGCGAGAGACAAAGAGGAAGAGAGUUCGAGAGAGAAGGGAAGAGAGGGAGAAAGCGAGGAUGGGGGGAAGGGGGAUUCUUUAUCCGUGCAGCAUUUCCUUCUCUUCCUCUGAGUUUCAUCGAUUUUUGCCAAAUAGAAAAAGAGAGGAUGUGCCACCGAGGCGUGCUCGUACUGUCACUAUGAACUACGUUAAAACUUCUUACCGCUCUUUAUUACAAAUUUGUCAAAAAUCUUUUUCUGGGGGAAAAACAAAAACCCUGAAUUCAGUCUUCCUGUGGGACUUUUUUCUGAGCCAGGUUUUAACCACAGGUUCCUCUCAGGACCUCUCCCUGGAGUCUGUUUAUGACAAUCUUGGCUUCAUGUCCAUUAGCUACUGCUGCGAUUACGGCUCACCAUCAGGCUCUUGGUUUUACUUUGCGACCAGCAAAAAAAAAAAAAGGAAACCUGAUCCCUUUUUUUAAACCCUCAUGUCUCCCUCUCUCUCUCUCUCUCUCUCUCUCUCUCUCUCUCUCUCUCUCUCUCUCUCUCUCCCUCUUUCUCUCUCUCUCUCCUCUCUCUCUCUUUCUCUCUCUCUCCAUAUCAGUGCCUUGGACAUCUGUUUUUAAACCUGUGUCGUGUUUUUUUACUGUGUAUCAUAUGAAUGUGGAAUGUGUAGUUCCUUUUUUUUUCUUCUUGUAAUUUGUUGUGUGAUUUACAUUUGCAUACAUUUUUUUAUUAUCAGUGAACCGAGUCGAUCAUGCAGGGCAUGUAUUGCUUUUCUUUUACAACUAAGGUAGCCAAUUACGAGAUGACAAUUAUUAUAAACUUGCUCACAAUAAAACCAAAAAAAAAAAGUACAGAAAUAA